AAAAAAAAAAAUGGAAACGAGAAACGCCGAAUUAGGGUUUCCUGGUCCAUAUAAAUAGACUAGGAACUGGCUCUCUCUCAUUCUCUGUGAACUCGAAAACCCUAGCAGAUUUAAUCUUUCAGAGGUGUUCUUGUCGUCCCCGAAUCUGGUCUCAGUCAUGGCGGCAGCUCCUAACACCACUGCACCACCUCGUCAGCUCUCUCAGAAGGAGGCCGACAUUCAGAUGAUGUUGGCUGCUGAAGUCCAUCUCGGAACUAAAAACUGCGACUUCCAGAUGGAACGAUAUGUUUUUAAGCGCCGCAAUGACGGCAUAUAUAUUAUUAAUGUGGGAAAGACUUGGGAGAAGCUGCAGCUGGCGGCCAGAGUGAUAGUUGCAAUUGAGAACCCUCAGGACAUAAUUGUCCAGUCUGCAAGGCCUUAUGGGCAAAGAGCAGUUCUGAAGUUCGCUCAGUACACUGGUGCUCAUGCAAUUGCUGGAAGGCACACUCCUGGUACUUUCACUAACCAGCUGCAGACAUCAUUCAGUGAGCCUCGCCUUCUCAUUCUUACAGAUCCCAGGACUGAUCAUCAGCCCAUCAAGGAAGGGGCUCUUGGUAAUAUUCCAACCAUUGCUUUCUGUGAUACGGAUUCGCCCAUGCGGUAUGUUGACAUUGGCAUUCCAGCCAAUAACAAAGGAAAACAUAGCAUUGGGUGUCUCUUUUGGUUGUUAGCAAGGAUGGUCUUGCAGAUGCGGGGCACAAUUCGUGCUGGUCAUAAGUGGGAUGUCAUGGUGGAUCUCUUCUUCUACAGAGAACCUGAAGAGGCCAAGCAGCAGGAGGAGGAAGAAGCGGCUGCUCCUGCUGACUUUGGUAUCACUGAUUACGCAACCUCUGGAAUUAGUGGUCUAACUGGUGAUCAAUGGCCUGCCCAAAUAUCUGACUGGCCUGCUGAAGUUGGUCAACCUAUCCCAGCUGUUCCCGCUGAAUGGACUGCCGAUGCUAGUGUUCCUUUAACCGCUGAGGGUUGGGAUACUGCAAUUCCUCCUCCUCCAGCACAGCUACCUCCAACUGGCAUUGAAGGUGCAGCCCCUGCUGCUACUGGAUGGGAUUAAAAGAAAGUUUGUCUAAAUUCAUCUCAUGCUCAUAUGUAGUUGAGUUAGAAUUUUCGUUUUACUUUUGUUUCUUACUUUUAUCAAGUAUCAUCCUUCCAGUUUUGGAAAUGAACCAGCUUCCGCUGCAGUUGAGCUUUAGAUUUGAGUUUUGGAAGAUUUUUUUUUUUAAUUUUAUAUUUAAUGUGUUAUUAGUUUACUGUGGACCAAUAUAGUUAAUUUGUGUUUUUGCCCGCUAGUCGGAUUGUCAAUGAAGCUUUAAAAAUUUUAAAGUACUGAAAAAGAAAUUUUCUUA